AUGACGAAAGAAAUCCAAAGACCCACUACGCCAAUAAAAACAGCCGAGGAGUCUAGCGUGGAUUAUAUUGAAUUUCAAAAUAAUCACGAUGAAUCGCAGGGUUCAGACAAAGAUGACAAGCUGCUGGUACGCCGCAUCGACCGUCAGCUCCUUCCUUGGCUCUGUCUUGUCUAUGCUCUGUCCCUGAUUGAUCGCACCAACAUUUCCUCUGCAAAGAUAGCCGGCAUGGCUGAGGACCUGAACUUAAUUGGCAACCGCUACUCUGUUGCCCUUGUGGUAUUCUUCGCCACUUAUUUGGCGAGCGAGUUGCCGGGCAACUUCAUAAUUCGGCGGGUGGGAACCAGAUACUAUCUGUCUUUCCUGAUAGUCUCAUGGGGAACAAUCGCCAUGUGCAUGGGCUUUGUGACUCGAUAUUCGCAGUUGGUUGGAUUGCGUCUUCUGCUUGGCCUCUUUGAGGGGGGAUUCAAUCCCGCAUGUAUCUACCUCAUAUCCUCGUGGUACAAACGUUAUGAAACCCAACAAAGGCUCUCCCUCUGGUACAUGUCAGGAUCCGUGAUCUCCGGUUUCAACGGCAUUAUCUCCUACGGCCUCAGUACACUUGAAGGACUUGGCGGUAGACGAGGAUUGAAUUGGAUUUUUAUUAUUCCUGGGGCGAUCACUGUAUUUUUGGCUAUCCCAAUUUUUCUUUUCCUCUCAGACUUCCCCGAGAAAGCCUCGUGGUUGAGUGCGAGUGAUCUCCAGCGUGUCCAGGAGAGGCUGCGGGAGGACCGUGGAGAACAAUUGGACGAUAAGAUCACAAUUCGCAAGCCCUUAAGGAUCUCCAAGACUGGAAAGUAUGGUCAGAUCCUGGUUACACCACCCUACCUGGCAGCCGCCAUCUUUGCCAUUUCCACCGGAAUGAUAUCGGAUCGCGUGCGCACUCGAAGUCCUUUCAUUGUUGGAUUCAUGCUUUUAACUGGGGCUGGGAUAAUAAUGAUUGGUUGGGGUCAAAACACUGCUUGCAAGAUGGCCGGGAUAUAUUUCGCCGUUAUUGGAAACAACUGUGCAAUCCCAACUGUGUUAGCCUUCCUGUCAAACAACAUUGUCGGUUCGAGCAAGAGGCAGAUUGCUGUUCCACUUCAAACCAGCAUGGGUGCUAUUGGGGGAGUUUUUGGCUCGUUGGUGUUUCGGCAGCAAGACUACCCUGGAUACCGCCCUGGCUUAUAUGCUUCCAUUGUUUGCUUGGCGGUCUGCAUCCUGAUAACUCUUUCUAUCACUGCAUUCUUUUACCGUGAAAACAAAGCUGCCGAUGAAAAGGGGAAGAUUUUGGAAAGAUUGGAGGGAUACCGUUAUACGCUUUGA